UGCUAUUUAUUAAGCGACCAUGGUGGUAUACUGGUAUGCAUACGGCUACAAGUUGCGAGAGGCAGCAUACCAUCCACUCAGUCUCUACUUUGCACUACAACACAACAGUACAAGACACGAGCAGUUGAAGCAAAAAAUUCAAGCUCGACCAUGGCCGCCCAGUCCUCCUCCCCGGCAGACUCCGGCAGCAGCUCGCCGCGGCCUCACACCUACACCAUCGGCUACGCGAUGCUGCCCAACAAGCACGACACCUUCGUCCAGCCGUCCUUCCUGGACCUCGCGGCGCGGCACGGCGUCCGGCUCGUGGCCGUCGACGCGUCGCGCCCGCUCGUGGAGCAGGGCCCCUUCGACCUCAUCGUCCACAAGCUCUACGGCCAGGCGUGGCGCGCGCAGCUGGAGGCCUUGUCCACGCUGCACCCGGACGUCCCCGUCGUCGACCCGCCCGCCGCCAUCGAGCGCAUCCUCGACCGCUUCACCAUGCUCGACGUAAUCGCCGGCCUCGGCGUCGCGAGGGAGGGCGCCGUGGCCACGCCCGGGCAGGUCGUCGUGGCCGGCGCCGCGGCGCUGGCCGGCGACGACGCGGACCUGGCGGCAGUCCUCGGCGGCCUCCGGUUCCCGCUCAUCGCCAAGCCGGAGGAGGUCGACGGCAGCGCCGCGUCGCACGACCUGUGCCUCGUGUACCGGCGCGAGGGCCUGCGCGGCCUCCGCGCGCCGGUGGUGCUCCAGGAGUUCGUCAACCACGGCGGCGUGCUCUUCAAGGUCUACGUGGUGGGCGACCACGCCACCUGCGUGAUGCGGAGCAGCCUGCCGGACGUUCCCGACGCGCGCCUGCACGACCUUGCCGCCGACGCCGCGGCCCCCUUCGCCAACAUCUCCCUGCUCCCGCCCCCUGCCGCCGGCGACGUCGAGAUGCCGCCCCAGGACUUCGUGAACAGGGUCGCCGGCGAGCUCCGGCGGGCGCUGGGGUUGCACCUCAUCAACUUCGACCUGAUCCGGGCGAGCGACCCAGACGGCGACGCCAUCGCCAAGUACCUCAUCCUCGACAUCAACUACUGCCCGGGAUACUCCAAGAUGCCGGGUUUCGAGCCUGUUCUUCUUGAUUUUUUCUUGGAGAUGCUUCGCAAUACACCUAGUCAUGAGCAGCCUUGUCCGGGCGCUGGCUCUGGCUCUGGCUCUGGUCUACUGGGUGCUAAGGCACUCAAGGCAGAGGUCGAGCCCAGCUUCAUCCCGUCGGGAGCGGAACCGAAGCAAGUUCACGCCUAACAUCUUCAGCUCCGAAUCUAAUUUGAUCGGCCCAGAAAUUUACAGAGAACAAAUAACAGCUGCAUUGUACCCUUGAUAUCGAUCCAAACCAAGUUGCAUGUGCAAAAGUUCUUUAUGAUUCA